AUUAGUUAACAGGGAAUCUCACUGUGUUUAAUUCUUUAGCUCGUCUGCCGCGGAUUGUCCGUGCUGUCUCCGGUGAACUUAUUACUGACAGUUACGAUGAUCUAGACUUAAGCAUUGCUAAUCGAUUGCGAUAUUGAUAUUCCCUCGUCUGCUCCGAAGUGCUAUCCCUCGUUCGCUUGGUGACAGUUCUAGGCUUGGCCUACAAUGCCAUUGAUACCGGGAGGCGACGUUAUACCUGCAAAAUCGGGGCUAUCUGGACCAAAACAGUACUGAGAAGCCCUUAUAUACGAGUGGGAAGUGGUUGGGGGGAUGGAUCAUCGCCCGGGAGGAGAUGGUGGAAACGCAGAAAAAGGAGAAGAGAGGCAAGUCUCACAAUGCUUGACCUGCAAAGACGCAGGGCAGGCACCCGGGAUGGUAAACGGGGCAUCGGAGGUCUUCGAACUUACCACAGCUGAAGCGCUGGAUAUGUUAUGCGAGAAUAUCGACAGACUGGUUCGCUCUGCCUGCGACAGUGCCGUUACGACCCCUCAGAGGAGAAAGAGCAGUGAAUCGAUCGGGGAGGGCGGGGAGCGUGCCAACGUCUCCGAGUUCCAUUUCGCACACAGCGUCCAUGGCGACGAACACUGUGGCGGACGAGACCGAGCACAGCAGGGGAUCUUGGCGAGACGGUUCCUCUCGAAGCGCGAGCCCCCGAUCCCGCUCAAGGAGUACCUGCAGCGACUGCACCGGUACUGCCCGAUGUCGACGGCGGUCUACCUGGCGACAAACAUCUAUAUCACGCGGAUCGUGGCCGUUGAACGCAUCCUGCAAGUGAACGCGCGGAACAUGCACCGACUUGUGCUGGCAGGCCUGCGUGUCGCGAUGAAGGCCCUUGAGGACCUGAGCUAUCCGCACUCCCGCUUCGCCAAGGUCGGCGGCGUCAGCGAGCGCGAGCUUUCUCGCCUCGAGAUUAGCUUUUGCUUCCUCGCCGACUUUGAGCUCCGCGUCGAUGCGCGGACGCUCGAUACCGAGGUCCGGUCACUUCGGGCGGACAUCUCAAACACACCGUGACUCUUGAGUCGGUCAUCCUCUUGAGCAACCAUUGUCAACAUCCUCUUUGAACAUAUGUUCUAAAAAUAUACCCUUGUCUAUAGCCAUUUAAUUGUUCUGCCUUGCUGAGAUCAUGUACAUAGCCCGGAGCUUGUUUGAAGGCCCACUGCCUAUCCUUCUGCCUAGACCGCCUUCUGAAAUAUUUCGCAGUAAUUGUACAGUGUACACGCUGGAAUUAUUCAUAAUAUUAUUUUCGGCGACAAGUUCUAAACGGAUAAACUUGUAGAAAUUAUGU